UGCCGCUCCUCCGACAACGACAGAAAUCCAGGAAACAAGGUGGGGGAUGGUGUGCGCGAUGGUCGUGCACCCUUGCGCGCUGCAAAAUGUUGAAUCGCUGGCCCUCCAAGUCAGGGCCGUCCAUUCCCUGGAUCGCACUGUCCCUUGGUAUUUGGGGUGGUCUGCCCGCAUGCGGAAUGGGUGAUCGUCGCUGCCGUCGCGUGGAGGGGUGUGCUGGACGCCGUCUGGGCGAGAUCCGCGAGCCGAGGGAGGGGAAAUGGCACCGCGAGCACUAUAAAGGUUCGCGCAAGCGCUAUCUUGUCCAUGUCUUUUGGUUCCCGAGUGCACGCAAGGCCACGCGUGGGGUUUCCGUUGUGCUGCGCGGGGAGUUGAACAUCGCCCGCGCAAGACGAUCCCUGUCGACUUCCUCUCAAGCGCUGUGGCAGUCCGCUUUCGUUCACGGGGCGUGCGCAUCCGACCGUCAGCGAAUGGCGCCACAUGGCCAGCAGAAGGCGAAGCGUCCACACAGUGGUUCCGACGAAGCAGGUGCAGGGCAAACAGGAAGGGGCCACGUCCCAAAGUCGAAGAAGCUCCGCGUGGGAGACGGGUCGGAAGGCGAGAUGGGGGAUGACGGGGGAGAGGAGGUGACGCCUAUGGACAUCACUUCUGCAGGGACGCCUGCGCUCGGGUUCGGCCGAGACGGUGUGAGCAGGCAGCGUAUGCUUGCGCUCACCAACCUUGGCGUCCUCACGUCCACGCGCGAUGGCGGUGACAGGACGGCUCGUGCGCAAGGAGUUAUGUCCGGUGACAUUCCGCCGCAGAGGGCCGUGGGUUUUGCAUCUACCAUUGCAUCGUGUCCGAGCGCGGCGAUAAAGCUCAGGUCGAGACUGAGCAGAAUCAGGGAUGCUUUCCGCUUGCUUCUCGUCGCGUGCAUGUGGGUCAUGCGCAUGGGAGGCGACGAUGCACGCUCCUACGAGGAGGCGUCUUACUACGUGCAGCUGGCGGCGAAGCCUACUCUCGUGGCAGCGUGUUCAUCGCCCUUCAACUGGCGCCGCCAUGUGAUGCACUCGGCGAACGCGGUCUUAGGUCGCCUGCGAAAGCCACCGUUGACACUGGGCGUUUUCCCUGACUACAUCCCGGAGUGGGCUUUGUGCGGAGUGCGGUACAACUGCAACGCUGGUCUGGCGGACCCCGACGUCACGGCGAGAGUGAACUGGAUGGGGACGGGACCUUUUGAAGGCGAUCGGAAGGAGGACGGCACAAAAGACGAAACGGGAGCGUAAGUGUCCUCGAUAUGACCGUCUUGCGUGACAAGGAAGAAGGUAUCGCCCGUGGAGUGAAGCGGUUCGUCAUUAAGUGCACCUCAGUACAGACAACUUUGUCAGCAAGCCGAUGAACUGAUCCAAUGAUCGGUUCAUCGGUUGGCCGCCUGACUUGUCCAAGUUAGGGUGUGAUGCUUCGCAAAGUCGGGCAUUGGUGGUGGACUGGGUUCCGGUGUGUUGAUGAAAACGCACGGAAAACUGCGCAAAAAACGCAUUCACGCUCCAGUCCUGCUGAGGAGGCAACACAUCAAUGAAAGGCGCACACAUCG